AUGUCGGAAUUAUGGUACCAGCAACCUGCGGAGGACUGGAAUUCAGCCCUGCCAGUCGGGAAUGGGCGCCUAGGCGCCAUGGUGUAUGGACGCACCGACACCGAAAUGCUACAACUCAAUGAGGACUCAGUUUGGUAUGGAGGACCGCAAGAUCGCAAUCCACAGGACGCCCUCGAGUAUCUCCCGCGCCUGAGGGAGGCUAUACGCGCGGGAAAUCAUGCCGAAGCUGAGAAGAUCGCCAAGCUGGCGUUUUUCGCUAACCCGAUCAGCCAGCGGAACUAUGAGCCGCUGGGGAACCUGUUCUUGGAUUUGGGACAUGACCCCAGUCAGGUUACAGGAUAUCGACGUUCGCUGGAUCUCGCAAGUGCUACAGCGCAUGUCAGUUAUGAGUGCCAGGGUGUUCGCUACGAACGUCAAGUCCUCGCCAGCUACCCGGACGAUGUGCUUGCGAUCAGAAUGCAUUCGUCGAGCAGGGCUGAGUUUGUCGUUCGCUUAACGCGCAUGAGUGACUUGGAAUUUGAAACACACGAAUGGCUUGACGACGUCAGUGCUACCAGCAACUCUAUUACCAUGCAUGUCACGCCUGGAGGUAAAAACAGUAAUCGAGUGUGCUGCAUGGUAUCAAUUCGUUGCGACGGUGCUGAGAGUACAAUUACCAAGAUUGGAAAUAAUCUGGUGGUGAACUCCAGUGAUGCACUGCUAGUCGUUGCGGCGCAAACUACAUUUCGACACGAAGACAUUGAUCAGCGAACCAUGCAAGAUGCAGAAAAUGCCUUGGGCUUCUCUUUGGAGGAUCUUCGCGCCCGUCAUGUUGCGGAUUACCAGUCUCUGUACAACCGAAUGGAAUUGCAACUUGGGCCGGACUCUCCUGAAGUCCCAACCGACAAACGUCUAAAGUCUUCUCCAGAUCCGGGGCUCAUUGCACUCUAUCACAACUACAACCGCUAUCUCCUGAUAUCGUGUAGUCGGGAUGGACAUAAAUCACUUCCUGCAAACCUCCAAGGUAUCUGGAACCCAUCCUUCCAUCCGGCAUGGGGCUCCAGGUUCACCAUCAAUGUCAAUCUUCAAAUGAACUACUGGUCUGCAAAUAUGUGUAACUUAUCAGAGUGCGAACUACCUCUGUUUGACCUGCUGGAGCGCAUGGUUGAACCUGGCAAAGUUACGGCCAGGAUCAUGUACGGAUGUCGAGGAUGGACAGCCCAUCCGAACACUGAUAUCUGGGCCGAUACAGCCCCCUUUGAUCGAUGGAUGCCGGCAAGCAUCUGGCCUCUUGGUGGUGCCUGGCUCUGCUAUCACAUUUGGGACCAUUUCCGAUAUACAGGCGAUGGAAAUUUCCUUCGUCGGAUGUUCCCUACCUUACGUGGGUGCGUGGAGUUUCUCCUCGACUUCCUGAUCGAAGACGCCAAUGGUGAAUACCUUGUCACCAGUCCGUCUACUUCUCCGGAGAACUCGUUCUACGACGGCAAGGGACAAAAAGGCGUAUUGUGUGAAAGCUCAACGAUCGAUAUCCAAAUCAUUGAUGCUAUUCUGGACGCCUUCCAAUCCUGUGCAAAGAGACUCGGCCUCGAAGACGCCCUUCUUCCAGCAGUUCAAGCUACAAGAUCCCGCCUCCCGCCUAUGCAAAUCGCCCCUGCUGGGUAUCUACAGGAGUGGACCAGCGACUACGCCGAGGUCGAACCCGGACACCGUCACACGUCCCAUCUAUGGGCCCUACACCCCGGGAAUGCAAUCACGCCAGCACAAACUCCCCAGUUAGCAGAAGCGUGCGGGGUAGUUCUGCGUCGACGUGCGGAACAUGGUGGCGGCCACACUGGCUGGAGUCGUGCGUGGCUGCUUAACCUACAUGCACGUUUGCUCGAAGCUGAGGAAUGCAGCGGGCAUCUGAACUUGCUCUUAUCUAAGUCUACUUUGCCCAACCUAUUGGACAGCCACCCUCCAUUCCAGAUUGACGGCAACUUUGGUGGUGGGGCGGGCAUUAUCGAAAUGCUGGUCCAAUCCCACGAGCCUGGGGUAAUUCGCAUCCUUCCAGCGUGUCCAAAGGACUGGACUGGAUCUAUCCGGGGAGUGCGGGCACGCGGAGGGUUUGAGCUGCAAUUCAGUUUCGAAAAUAGCCGUGUUGUAGGUGGUGUGACUAUAAUCUCGGAGCGCGGAGAGACUGUGGUUGUUUACUUCAACGAGUCGCAAGUAGAGAUUACUUGUGGCGGUGAGCAUAAGAUCAACUAG